CUUGAAUACGGUGACUCGAACACGUGAAGGUAGAAAUCGGAUCCGACGGUCGAGAUCAUCGCGUCGGUUUAAAGCUAGAAAUUCAAAAACCCUCGUCAAAACCUAUCGUCUCAUAUAUAUAUCUGCUCACUCAGUACAUUCGGCAAUUGGCAUAUUUUGCUAUUGAAUCUGCCUUUCUCUAAUUUCGUUGUCGAUUUUUCAAUUAGCAGCUGCAAUCUCAUGGCGUUGCCGAAUCAGCAGACGGUGGAGUACCCGAGCUUCAAGCUUGUGAUCGUCGGCGAUGGUGGCACAGGGAAAACCACAUUUGUGAAAAGGCAUCUCACGGGUGAAUUCGAGAAGAAAUAUGAACCGACUAUUGGUGUUGAGGUUCAUCCAUUGGAUUUCUUCACUAACUGUGGAAAAAUCAGAUUUUAUUGCUGGGACACUGCUGGUCAGGAGAAAUUUGGCGGCCUUAGAGAUGGAUACUACAUCCAUGGACAGUGCGCCAUUAUUAUGUUUGAUGUAACAGCUCGAUUGACGUACAAGAAUGUCCCAACAUGGCACCGUGACCUUUGCCGUGUUUGUGAGAAUAUCCCAAUUGUGCUAUGUGGGAACAAGGUCGAUGUGAAGAACAGGCAGGUUAAGGCUAAACAGGUUACCUUCCACCGCAAGAAGAACUUGCAGUACUAUGAGAUAUCGGCAAAGAGUAACUACAACUUCGAGAAGCCUUUCUUGUACCUUGCCAGGAAACUUGCCGGGGAUCCUAACCUGCACUUUGUCGAGUCUCCUGCUCUCGCCCCACCUGAAGUGCAAAUUGACUUGGCUCUUCAACAACAGCAUGAGAAUGAACUUUUAGAAGCCAUUAACCAGCCUCUUCCUGAUGAUGAUGACGAUGCAUUCGACUGAAAGGAUUUGCCAGGAUCUCGAUCAUCUAUCAUGGGUUUCUUUUGCCCUGCCCAAAUUUUUUGCGUUUUCCUUUUAUGAGAUUGAGGAUUUUUCUUCCCAAAGUCCUUCGCUUUUUUCUUUUUUUUCUCUCUCUUUUAAGUUUUUUUAAGAUCUAAUGAUACAUGUAGUUUGAAUUGGUGUCUUCAAACGCUUGUGGAUGGAAUGUGAUUGAUUUUGUUGAGAAUGGUUUUGAUUUAAA